GGAGUUCGGCGAUCCGGCAGCGCUAGCGAUGCGUCAGGCUGCGCUAAAAGAGACUUUUAGCGCAGCCGCGUUUCCUGGCCGUGACUGUACUCGCCGAUUGCGGGGGAAUCCUCACAACCCAAAACACAGCACAUGAGCACAGAAUACAUCUUAUAUCAGGACAAGUCUUGCUUCGCAAUAUUCUAGACAAGGUCAAACUACUCUGGCUAGCUACCCAAGGCUGAGGACAUCUUCCACCGCUUGCGUUCAACACGAUAUACCGUUACACACCAGCAUCAACGACAAAGACCGCCAAUGCAGAACAUGACGCCCAAAUAUCGCCUUGCAAAGCCAGUGACGCAUCCACUGUCACACGUUCACACCAUGCGCUUACAGACUCUCGUCGACACGAAGCUCAAUCAACAACUCCGACGAGGCAGUACAGAUCUGAGACGAGUCGUUGGACACCUGCUGGUACUCGACGUGAUUGAAAUUACCCGCCAAGCGUCUGCCCUCACUCCACCCGCCCCGCCGUCCACCGUGAAGGCAUACAGCACGACCAAUGCGGCAACUACAAAAAUCGGCACUGCCUAUGCCGACGCCGAGCUUUACAACGUUCCCGCCUUGGAUGCACCCUCAGACGACGACACGACGAGCUCUCCAGAUUGUUCAAGCGACGAGGACGAUGAGGACGAUGAACUGGCAUUCGACGAUGAGGCCGAUUUCGAACACACCCUUGUCAGAGUUGCGUCACACUCGACAAUGUCGGUCGGUAGGGGUAAGCUAGAAUUCCUGCAUUGUGCUCAACGUAUAUCAGAAGUGUUGAUGAGGUCAAAACGUGAGGGGAGUGAGAUGGUCGUGGCGAGUGUCGUGGAGAUUGUGGAUUUGGAUGGUUGAAGCACGGGUAAGACAGGGCUUUUUGUAUUGAAGGCAUGAGAUUACUUUGAGAUUAUUGAACGACAUUGUGAUGAGUCUUCGCUGGAAAACUGUUGAAUAUCGAGAUACCCUUGGGCAAUUCAGACUGAUACAAGCUGCAUACCUACUUCCAAGCCCCAUCAGUCUGACAGACAUGCUCCGACGAAUCUACUUCUCCAACUACUCUUCUUCGAGCGUAUGAUGGACAUAGAGAUGAGCUUUCUCAUCUCGAUUCUGCACCGGUUCUGGGGCCGACACCUCGCUCAAACUGGCGCAUUCCUCUUCGAAAGACGGAUCAUGAUGAUGGUGGUGGUGAUGAUGAUGAUGCUCGUGCUGCUCGCCAUGCUGCGGCUCAUUUGGAAUUGCUUGAUGUGGAUGUCCUUCGUCCAAGUUUCGACGUGAAUGCAGACCAUUCUGCGACA